GUUCUCCACACUCAAAAUUUAUUCCCUUCUUUUUUCUAUAUAAUGAAUGCAUUUUCAUGCUCGAACAAGGAGAGUCUCCAUUCCUAUAUAUUUGAACUCCACAAGUAUAUGCUAUCUCAAGGGGAGCCGAAUGAAAAGGACUAAUUAAACAGAAAGGUACUCAUGGCUGGAUCGACGAUUUUAAAACCGAUUGUUAGCAAGAUCUAUUGUUCUUCGUCAAAGGCGGUGUUGAUGGUGAGAAAGAGGCCUCCUAAUGUGAAUGGAGGCGGUCUCGUGGUCACGGACAGUACUCAAAAGGUGGUAUUUAGUGUCGAUGGCUGCGGAAUUCUCGGUGCUAUGGGAGAGCUAAUAGUAAGAGAUGGCGAUGGAACUGCAAUACUUUUCAUUCACAAAAGGGGAGGUGUGGUUCAAGCACUAAGUAUUUACAACCAUUGGAGAGGCUAUUUAAUGGACUACGAUGAACCAAGUAAGCUAGUGUUUAGCUUACUUGAUCCAAAAUCACCCCUCGCAAUGAAGAACGCGGUUCGGAUAUUAGUAGAACCUAAAGGGCGUGUAAAAGGUUGGGACUUCGAGGUGGUCGGAUCGUUCGUUGAGAGGGCUUGCACUAUAAAAGAUCGAAGAGGCAACGUCGUAGCACAGAUGGGAGCGAAGGACAUGAUGACAAGGAAGGAUAUUUACUAUGUCGUCAUGCAACCGGGCUACGAUCAAGCGUUUGUGAUCGGAGUGGUAGCAAUUCUUGAUAACAUACAUGGUGAGGCAACAAGGUGUUAAUGGAAAUUUAUAAGGUGUAUUGAGUUGUUCACACUUAGUUGAUUUAGUAGAGAACAUAUCCUCAUAAUCAGUGAUCCAUAUGUUUUCUGUAGACUUUGUUAGCAAGAAUUUUCUCCUAUGGGUAGGUGAACAGAUUUGUUUGUCAAA